CCGUGUCGACGAAGAAUAUUGCGAAAUGGUCAGCGUUUACGUAGUGGAUAGCAUGUCACGUUCCCUCUUCAAGGCCGACGUCUUGCGCUGCUACGACGAACAAGGCGUUCAGGGGUUCUGCUAGAACGUGAUUUCGUGUUUGGCGUGGUCCCGUGCGACAUGCGGCCUGGUGCCCACUGCAUUGCUCUCCUGCCGUCUCUCUUUUUGUAUGUCGUGAAAGAACAGCAGCGCCAGCCGGAGCUGGCGUGGGAGCGGACUGUUCUGCAGAGAGCCCAGUCUCUCAAGUCUUGGAAGAUGGGAAGAGACAACGACGACCGGAGGGAGGCGAGGCCGACAUCCGUGGAGCAAUGGCUGAGGUUUCUCAAGGCUCAAGGGCGGGGAAAGCACAACGACGACGGGAGGCAGGACUGUUUCUUGCGUAAGGCGAAGCCGACAUCGGUGGGAAGUUGGGUGAGGCUCAUAGGAGAAUGUUAUACCGUCAACAAGUCUCCUGAGACGGGAGAAAGGUCGGACCGCUUGUUAUUUUUAUCCAGCCACGUGGUUGUGAUUCUUUAUGGUUGCUGGGGGCCUUAAACGAACUUCAAUGGUCACACGGUAAGCUGGGAAGCAAAGGUGGACAUACCUUACACUAGUACCUACAUAAUCAAGCUACCUACCGUCCAUCGAUAAGGCAUUCAGCGCGGCGUCCG